GCACCGCGGUGAUUCUCUCUACAACGCCAGUCACCUACAUACUGUACGUCUGCCUCCCCAGCCGGUUACCAUUCAAGAAUCAGAUUGUGAAACACGGGAACCAGUUUAUAUACAACCAUAAUCAUCUAAGCGAUGGAUCACCAUUCCCAUGGAGAGACCCAGACCUCGCUCACUGACCUUUUGCUGGAUUAUCUAAAGGAUCUCAGUGAUGAAGAGUUGAAGGAGUUUAAACUGCGUCUCCCAGUGAAUAAAGAGUUAAAGCCCCUUCCCAAGGGUCAGAUGAAAACCUCGGGCAGAACAGACUUCGCCGAAAUGAUGAUGAAUUCCUACAGUAAAGCCGGGGCUCUCAAAGUCACGCUUGAGAUCCUGAAGAAGAUGAACCUGAAUGACCUUGCUCAGAGACUGAAGGAAGACCUGCAGAAGUGUAACCAAGCAGGAAGUGAGCAGAGUGACAUGUUGGAUACGAGUCAACUCAUGUUGCACAAAAUAAAAUGUUCCUUGAAAAAGAAAUUUGAGUGUGUGUAUGAAGGGAUAGCUAAGGAAGGACAGCGAAUACUUCUCAGUGAGAUUUACACAGAACUCUACAUAACUGAAGGUGGGACUGGAGCAGUGAAUGAUGAACAUGAAGUGAGACAGAUUGAAACAGCAUCCAAGAAAAGGCAAACAGAAGAUAAUACAGUCAAGUGCAAUGAUAUAUUUAAAGCCUUAUGUGGGUGUGAGACACCUAUCAGAACUGUACUCACUAAAGGUGUGGCAGGUAUCGGAAAAACAGUCUCUGUGCAGAAAUUCAUUCUCGACUGGGCAGAAGGAAAAGCAAACCAGGAUGUUAACUUCAUAUUUGCUCUUCCUUUCCGGGACCUGAAUUUGAUUAAAGGUGAAUACAGUCUGAUUGAACUGCUUCACCGCUUUGUCCCAGAACUGAAAUCACUUGAAUCCACUGAGUUAUUUGGGUAUAAAGUCUUGUUUAUCUUUGAUGGUCUGGAUGAGUGUCGUAUUCCUCUAAAUUUUCGGAACAAUGAGAGUUGGUUUGAUGUAACAACGAAAAUGUCACUGGAUCUGCUGUUGACUAACCUCAUUAAGGGGAAUCUGCUUCAAUCCGCUCUCCUCUGGAUAACCUCCCGGCCAGCAGCAACCAAUCAGAUACCUCCUGAGUACAUCCACCGGGUGACAGAGAUACGAGGGUUCAGUGAUACCCAGAAGGAGGAGUAUUUCAGGAGGAGAUUCAGAGAUGAGAGCCUGGCCAGCAGGAUUAUCACACAUGUGAAAUCAUCAAGGAGCCUCUUCAUCAUGUGCCACAUUCCUGUGUUCUGCUGGAUUUCAGCCAUUGUGCUUAAGAGGCUUUUUAGUGAGACUGACAGGGGAGAAAUUCCAAGGACUCUGACUGAAAUGUACACACACUUCCUGAUCUUUCAGACAAGUUUAAAAAAUGACAAGUAUAUGAAAACCCAUGAAACUAAGCUUAAGGAAUACAGCAAGCAAUUCCUUUUAAAACUUGGUAAACUUGCUUUUGACAACCUUGAGAAAGGCAAUCUCAUAUUUUAUGAGCAAGAUCUGACAGAGAAUGACAUUGAUGUCACUGAAGCUUCAGUUUACUCUGGAGUGUGCACAAAAGUCUUUAAAGAGGAGUAUGGGUUGUACCAGGAGAAGGUGUACUGCUUUGUGCAUCUGAGCAUCCAGGAGUAUCUUGCUGCUUUAUAUGUUUUUCUGUCAAACUCAUCAGCUGACUUGCUGGAGACUGCAGUGGAUCAGGCAUUAGAGAGCAAGAAUGGACACUUGGACCUCUACCUCCGCUUCCUCCUGGGUCUCUCAACAGACUCCAGUAAGACUCUGUUACAAAGGCUACUGGGGCCGACAAGAAUCAGCUCACAUACCAGUAAGGAAACAGCCCAAUACAUCAAGGAGAAAAUAAAGGAGAAUUUAUCUCUAGAAAGGACCAUCAACCUGUUCCACUGUCUGAAUGAGCUGGGUGACAAUUCUCUAGUAGAGGAAGUACAAAGAUACCUGAAUUCAGGAAACAUUUCAGCAGAUGACCUCUCACCUGCACAGUACUCAGCUCUGGCCUUUGUGAUGCUGAUGUCAGAUGAGGAGCUGGAUGUGUUUGACCUGAAGAAAUACAUCAGAUCAGAUGAACAGCACUGCAGGCUGCUGCCUGUGGUCAAGAACUCCAGGACGGCUCUGCCCAGAAUGCCGCUGGCGGAGUGUUAACACGCACCGGUCACAGGGAUCACAUCUACAACGGGCCCAGAAUGCCGCUGGUGGAGUGUUAACACGCACCAGUCACAGGGAUCACAUCUACAACGGACCCAGAAUGCCGCUGGCGGAGUGUUAACACGCACCAGUGACAGGGAUCACAUCUACAACGGGCCCAGAAUGCCGCAGGCGGAGUGUUAACACGCACCAGUCACAGGGAUCACAUCUACAACGGGCCCAGAAUGCCGCAGGCGGAGUGUUAACACGCACCAGUCACAGGGAUCACAUCUACAACGGGCCCAGAAUGCCGCUGGUGGAGUGUUAACACGCACCAGUGACAGGGAUCACAUCUACAACGGGCCCAGAAUGCCGCUGGCGGAGUGUUAACACGCACCAGUGACAGGGAUCACAUCUACAACGGGCCCAGAAUGCCGCCGGCGGAGUGUUAACACGCACCAGUCACAGGGAUCACAUCUACAACGGGCCCAGAAUGCCGCAGGCGGAGUGUUAACACGCACCAGUCACAGGGAUCACAUCUACAACGGGCCCAGAAUGCCGCUGGCGGAGUGUUAACACACACCAGUCACAGGGAUCACAUCUACAACGGGCCCAGAAUGCCGCAGGCGGAGUGUUAACACGCACCAGUCACAGGGAUCACAUCUACAACGGACCCAGAAUGCAGCUGGCGGAGUGUUAACACGCACCAGUCACAGGGAUCACAUCUACAACGGGCCCAGAAUGCCGCUGGCGGAGUGUUAACACGCACCAGUCACAGGGAUCACAUCUACAACGGACCCAGAAUGCAGCUGGCGGAGUGUUAACACGCACCAGUCACAGGGAUCACAUCUACAACGGGCCCAGAAUGCCGCUGGCGGAGUGUUAACACGCACCAGUCACAGGGAUCACAUCUACAACGGGCCCAGAAUGCCGCUGGCGGAGUGUUAACACGCACCAGUCACAGGGAUCACAUCUCCAACGGGCCCUGAAUGCCGCUGGCGGAGUGUUAACACGCACCAGUCACAGGGAUCACAUCUACAACGGGCCCAGAAUGCCGCUGGCGGAGUGUUAACACGCACCAGUCACAGGGAUCACAUCUACAACGGGCCCAGAAUGCCGCUGGCGGAGUGUUAACAUGCACCAGUCACAGGGAUCACAUCUACAACGGGCCCAGAAUGCCGCUGGCGGAGUGUUAACACGCACCAGUCACAGGGAUCACAUCACACCUGCUCUCACAUCCCUGCACUGGCUUCCUCUGUCUUCUAGGAUUGAUUUUAAAGUUCAUUUGCUAAUUUAUUAAAUAUUUACGUGGUUUAGCUCUGUCCUGCCUCAGUAACACGACUGUAAGGUAUGUCCCAGGCAGAUCAGUCAGAUCAUCCGGCAGUAAUUUACUGAUUAUUCCUAAAACCCAGCUGGGGAGGGAGGGGGCAGCUUUUAGUCACUAUGAGCCCAAACUCUGGAACUCUCUCCCAGAAAUCCUGAGAGCUACUGAAUGUCUCAGUACUUUCAAAACUAGGCUGAAAAGGCAUCUUUUCACCAACGCAUAUAAUAAUCUAUGAUAAUCAGUUUUAUUAUUUUAUGCUUUUAUUAAUAUCAGUAAUUGUCGUAGGGCGGUCGCUUCCCCCAGAAGACAUAGGGGCUAGAGGCCCCUUUGAGGAGGGGCCCUUAAAGAGGACAUGGGUAUUUAAAGUCCUUUAUGAUGGUUUUUAAUUUUAUUUUUUUAUAACAUUUUUACUCUAUUUUUAUUUCUUUUGCGCUUAUUGUUAUUUAUUCUGAGCUAAUUUGAAUUUUUUUUUCUUCUUUUUAAAUGUUUGCAAAAUUAUAAACGCUGUGGCUAAAAUGCGCUAUAUAAAUAAUGAUUGAUUGAUUCAGAUAGAUAGAUGAGAGAGAGAGUUUACUUUUAACCACGUUUAUUAAACAGUUAGCAACCAAUCCUAAUCACAGCCCUGGCGGGGUCAGGGACACACUUAAAGCCGUGCCUGAGACUAAGAUACGAAAAACUGAGUUGGGAAGCUCAAAAUUCCCACCAGAAAGCUGCACUUGAAUGACUGACAUUCUGGCUGCUGACUCAGAGAUAGAAGUUGGUGAUGUGACAAUACUGAACUUACAAGAAUGGUGAACGCAUGGUUACUGCAAGGGACAAUGCUUGUGAAAUUCUGUGCAAUGUUUCUUUUUAACUGCUUCAGAAUCUUUGGCUAGAAAGCUGAACUGAAAGCAAAUCAUGAAUCCUUCUGUUAUCUUGCUUUGUAUGUAGCCUAAGCGCGUUUCCUCAGCAAAGACGAUAAUCGCCGGUUAGUCACGGUCAGAUAUCGACACCGGGAUAUUUGUCUUAUUACACUCAUUACUGAUAAUAUCGUCAUAUCACCCAGACGUAAUUGGUGAUUUGACAUGUUCCCAGGUAUAACAAUACAGGGAGAGAAAGGAUUUUACUCAUGGGAUCAGGAAUCCAAGUGCCAGUUGCUGCUGCAUUAGCUGCUGGGAAUGUUCACAUCUCCUCCUUUCAGUGAUACAUGUCGAGUGUAGGGACACCUGGCAGAAAGAUGGCUAAGGACUGCACUGGAAGCACUGGUCUGACUGUUAUGGGAGGUUCACGUCCAUCUUGCUGUUGAUGUGUUCCUAUGUAUUCCUAUAGCUUGUACUUAAUGUUUUUACCUCUAGUUUUGAGCAAAGGUGCACUGACUCACAAUUAGUGAUCAUGUGACUGCAGCAGAUUGUCAGGACGCACAGAACACUCUGCAGACUAUAAUUCAUUUUGAAGUGUAAGCUGUGCUGCUAAUUAUACUGAAAACAAAUGCUUAUUGUAAUGCUUUGUAUUUUACUAAUGUGUAGGAUGUGUAUAUGUCUGUGUCUUAAAGUGUUUUCUGUUUCAGGCUGAACAGCUGUGAUCUCAUAGAUAAACACUGUGAAGUGCUGUCUUCAGCUCUCAGAUCAAACUCCUCACCCCUGAGAGAGCUGGACCUGAGUGACAAUGACCUGCAGGACUCAGGAGUGAAGCUGCUCUCUGCUGGACUGGGGGAUGUACACUGUAAACUGGAGAUACUGA